AUGUCGUGUACUCACAUCGGAGACAUCGCGCGUCUUCAGCAGCCAAAGCUCUCCCAGUCCGUUCAUCGCGAGGAGUGUACACAGUGUUUCGACAACCAGGAUGGUCCUAACGGAGUCGAUGUAUGCUUGACGUGCUUCAAUGGUGGAUGCCUAGACAAGGAGAGGCACCACGCACGAACUCAUGCGGCGAAGACGGGGCAUGGAUUCACGCUUAAUAUGAAGCGGAAACCGAAGCCGUCUGCGAACAGGGCCGAGGAUGAAGAGCCCCCUGCAAAAAUGAAGAAGCUUGCCAUCGUGGAGGAGCGUGAGGAGGACAAGUACGAGCACAAGACCGUCCUCAAGUGCUGGAAGUGCGACUCAGAGCACGGGCUCGAGCUUCCCGACGCGUCCGUCGACCCCCAUGUCCAAUCCCUCAUCUCCGGAGUUACCCAGUCCAUGUCCUCCGCCCGUCAGUCAGAAGUCAAGGCGUGGGAAGAGGAGUUCGCGGCUUGUGAACACACGCUCAUGCUCGAGCAGCUCGCGACCGGCUCAAUUGCGGCAUCAGGUCUUGCACACUGCUCGAAGUGCGAACUGAAGGAGAACCUAUGGUUGUGCUUGACGUGCGGCUCCCUUGGAUGCGGUCGACAACAAUUCGGGGGAGUGGGAGGCAACGGCCACGGGCUGAAUCACUUCGAGGAGACUCAACACCCCGUCAGCGUCAAGCUCGGUACGAUCACUCCCGAAGGCGGGGCAGACAUAUACUGCUACAUUUGUAAUGAUUCGAAGUUGGACCCCGAUCUUGCACGCCAUCUCUCAACGUUUGGCAUCAAUGUGCAGAAGCAGACCAAGACUGAGAAGUCCAUGACGGAGUUGCAAAUUGAACAUAACCUCAAGUUUGACUUCUCAUUGACGGGAGAAGACGGCAAAGCACUCGAACCUGUCUUUGGACCCGGGCUCACUGGGCUGUCCAACCUUGGGAACAGCUGUUACAUGGCAUCGGUCAUGCAGACACUGUUCUCUCUGGACCCCUUCAAGCAGCGAUACCUGCCUACCUCCGCGACGCACUGGGAACUCUGCCAGGAGCUUCUCCCCGCGAGCUGCCUCGAUUGUCAGAUGCACAAGAUGGCAGAUGGACUUCUCUCCGGACGCUAUUCCCACCCCCGCCCACAUGUCUCCCCAUCGCCCACUGCUCCGAAGGAGACCAACCCCUUCGCCCACGACUCGCCCAUCCCCGUCUUCCAGGAGGGCGUUCGUCCCACGUCCUUCAAAGCACUUGUCGGCAAGGGCCACGAAGAGUUCGCAACGAUGCGCCAGCAGGACGCAGAGGAGUUCUUCUCGCACCUCGUCUCGACCCUCCGUCGUCACGCGAAGCGCCUCGGACUUGACGCGGCGAAGGAGCCAACCGCGGUUUUCGCGUUCGGGACGGAGCAGCGGCUGGAGUGCGGCGAGUGCAAGCGCGUGAGGUAUCGAGUCGACGAGACCGACACGCUCAGCAUACCGGUUCCCACGAAGGAGAAGGGGAAAGACGAGGAGGGGAAGGUGCUUUACGAGGAAGUCGCGCUGAAGGAGUGCCUCGAGAUCGUGAUGGGUGCGGAGGCGUUGGAAUACCAAUGCCCGGCGUGCCAGAAGAAGGUUAUCGCGACAAAGCGGACGCGGUUCUCAACGUUCCCGCAUAUCUUGGUUGUGCACGCGAAGAAGUUUCAGUUGGUGAACUGGGUCCCAGCGAAGCUCGACAUUCCCGUCAACCUCCCCGAGGACGAUCUCCUCAUGUUGGAUCAGUACUUGGGUGGUGGUCUCCGGCCUGGAGAGACAGAGCUCCCCAACGACGAAGCCGCAUCUCCCGGUCUGCCUGAGUUCAACCCGGCUGCCAUGGCCCAGCUUGAAGCGAUGGGUUUCCCUACCAUCCGGUGUCAAAAGGCGUUGCUCGCGACGGGUAACGCAGAUCCAGAGGCGGCAAUGGAGUGGCUGUUCGCGCACAUGGAAGACCCAGACAUCGAUGCGCCGAUCCAGCCGUCCGGCGGCGGGGGAAGCAGCAAUUCUGAGCCGUCGGCGGAGCAAGUGAGCAUGCUUGCGGAUAUGGGGUUCACGCCUGCACAAGCGGGGAAGGCGCUCCGCGAAACGGGCGGAAACGCUGAGCGCGCUGUGGAGUGGCUCUUCUCUCACCCCGACGACACCGGCGAAGAAAUCGCGCCAGCGGCAAGCACGCCGGCCGCGAGCGUUGGCGGUUUGGCGACACUUCCGGCACGCUUCCGGCUCAAAGCAUUCGUAUCGCACAAGGGUCCGUCAGUGCACUCGGGACACUACGUUGCGCACAUAAGGACAGAGAACGAGGGCUGGGUGCUCUUCAACGACGAGAAGGUGGUGAAGGCGGACGCCGAAGGCGUGCGGGAGCUCAAGAAGCUUGCGUAUCUGUACGUAUUCGAGAGGAUCUGA